AUGCCGACGACACCUUCCGACGACGGCCGGAUUGUCAUCGCAGUAGAUCCCAUCACUGCGCUUGUGGACGCUGGUGGUGGCGACGAUGCGCAGCAGAGCGAGAGCAGUGUGAGUGAGGUGCUGCAGAGCGAGACCAUCAGUGCCGAUAUGGUGAGGAAGAAGCUGAAAAAGCUGGAUGUCAUCAUGUUUUGUGUUGCCGCCUUGGAGUGGGCGGGCAACGCUGUCGGCACUCUGGGCUUCCUUUGGGCUACUGUCGUCAUGCUUGGCGGGUUCUGCUCUCUUCUCAGUCGAUUGGAUUUCUGGUUUUCAGCAAUCAUGGUCUUCAUAGAAGGCUCCAGGGUUUUCAUCCGCGAUGAUGCCUCGGUCAACCAGUGGUUAUUCGGCUCCACAAGUGCAUUUAGAUGGGAAAAUUUCUCGGGAGAUCGCAUGUUCGCGUUGCUGCUUGCCAACCUGCAGAUCCCAGUGGCAUUCCUGCAGAUUCUGCUAUCAAUUAUGCGCCUUCGCAGCCUGCUAGGUCAUCACAACCAUGACUAUCGCCCCCUGCCGAAGGACGCUAGCCCAAACUUGGUGCCAUCUAUAGUAGUCUUCUUCAUGCUGGAGCUAUGCCAAGGGUCAUCCUAUAUCCUGGCAACCAUCCUCGGGCUCAUCUCCCUUUUCCGUCGCAGAUCGCUUGCCCGUGACUUGGGAUUCAAAAGAGUAAGACAGUUCUGGGGAGGAUUCGAAAACGAGUGGGCUGAAAAUGCAGUCGACCUGUACUGCCACAAAGCCUACGAGGCACGCAAGGAAAAGGGUCUUUUUCCAUCGAAUAACUCCAUGCCCAGCCUCACCAGCCUCGCCAUCGAGUCCCUUGACAGCACCUCAACUGAAAUGCAAAUUGCUGGCCUUCAUGUUCUUGACAACUUCCUGGAACGAUUUGACCACACAUCCAAAGAGGUGCUCAUCGCAGAGAUCACUUAUGCAGUGCCCACCUUGAUUGACAUGCUCGGCUCCAGCUCCACAUCCAAAGAUAUCAGGCUGUUAGCUGCCAAAAUCAUCGAAAAGCUCAGUGAUCGCCUCAAAAUUUCUGAGUUUCCUAGCAUGGUGAAGCUGAUACCUUCUCUACUUGAACGCCAACCUUACGCGUUGGUGGGCUUGUCGAUUCUUCAGAAGCUUGUUUGCAAUCCUGAUAACUGUGCAGAAAUUGCCAAAGACGCUACAAACAUCAUCACCAAGAUCAGAGGGUUUAUCAGCUACGUCGAGGAUGAGGAAAACAGUUAUGGCCAUCAGCGGGUAAUAGGGGUAUAUUAUUCUGCUUUCAAGUUUUUGAGGAGGCUUGCUAUCAUAGGUGGCAAAACAGGUGCACGGUUUCGCCAACAGCUGUUAGAGAACCCCUUCUUACUGAACAGACUCAAACGUAUGUUGGACUGUGAGCCCGUGAUGGAUAUCGUAGCAAAGCUGGCCUUGGAUGAGGCUGCAAGGCAGGAGAUUGGGGGCACCCACUCCAUUAUGCGCAAGUUGAUGGAUUCGUUUCUCAGGUCAGAUAACAAUGAUCGUUCACUGCAACUAGCUGCAGGGGAAGCACUGGGAAAUCUUACAAUAAUGAGCACAGACAAUUGCUUGGCUAUCUUGUUUGCAGGCAAAGAUCAUAAUCUUAUCGAGAAGCUCAUCAACAUGCUUAAAGAUGAGUACUACAUAUGUGUUGCAGCAAAUCUACUGCAUAAUCUCUGUGCAAACUCCAGAGACAAGCUGAUAGACCUUGAUGCAAAGGUGCACCUGGAAUCUGCGCUGCCAAAGGUGAUGGAACUUAUACGGACCAAAGAGGGCGAACAAUUGGAGGCCGCACUCUGUAUUGCUUCACAAAUUGGUUAUGUAAUCCCUGAAUACUUUGCCCAGGUGCUUGAACCAGAUAUCGAUGCAGCAUCAGCAGAAAAACUUGUUGAAAAGCUUGUGGUUACUCUCAAAUCCAACAUGGAACCAUGUCUUAAGUACCCCAGGAUAAGAAGGGUCCUUGUUGAGGUGGUAAUAUCAACCGUGGUAUUGUGUCCUGGGUACAUAAAGAUCUUCAGAGCAAAGGGGGCAAAGGAUGCCCUGGACAUGGUCAAAGGAACCCCAUCCAGAUUGGAAAAGUACAGGGUCUUCCUCGAUGGCGAAGGAGUAGUUGCGGAGAGCUUACCUAUGCGCGACCUAGUGGACAAGGCCAAAAGGCUAAUUGAUCAGCCAACUUCAACUCCAGGCUGCGGUGCAUCUGAAUUCAAGUGCCCAAUGGAUCAACGUUGACUGAGAGGGGAGGAACUUGUUGUCUUCAUCGAACUCUCUCCUCAGCUCCAUCCUUCCCAAACGCUCAUCUUUUUCAAUAAAAAAAUCAAACAAAAAACAAGGAAAGAAACUCGAGGCACACGCAUCGGUGAUCAUUGUGAACGAGCCGAGAUCCU